UUACUAGUUAAAGUUACGACAGUAAGCUGCUUUACGUGUCCUACAAUGUACCAGCUAAGCCAUCUGUACGGGGCCCGCCUGUUCCCAUAAUCAGCAGUAAUACUCAGGAGACAUUAACAUGUGAGGCUGUGGGCCCGGGGUGUUAUUCAGGGUAAAUGACAGCCAAAAGCAGGGGAGCUGAGGAAUAAGACUGUGUGACCUGUUGAAGCAGUUAAAUUAAGUAUAAAAUGGGACUUAAAAUGAGAAAAACAUGAUUAGUGACUUCUGCUGCCUCCUUCCUUAUCUCUCUCUCCCAUCAAUUGUUCUCCUUCCCCAUCUGCUCCGCUCGUAUUCCCUCUCUCUCUCUCUCUCCUCCCACUCGGUGGACGUGAACAGCCUCUGAUCACCAGUCAGCCAUGUUGUUGGUGUGACACACACACACACACACACACACACACACACUCGCACACACACACAGAGCUGUCAGCAACAGGUCCUACUCUGAGGAACACGACUGAUAAACUCCAUUACUUCAACAAACGCUGCUCUUUGGGGAUAGUGAACCCCUAACCCUAACACACAUCGUCUUGGAAACAAUCCGGAAGUAUUUGAUGGUAACUUCAGGGCCUCGGGAGCUCGGAAGUUGACGUGUUUUGUGGCCGCUGUGAGAGAGAGGUACGCCAGCGAAACUGCUUAUCUAAGCAAGAGUAUGGCUGCGAGCAGUAGCUGAGGACACCGCCGGGAGUUCCCCCCCUCUGCCACUGCCACCUGCAAAUAUGAAUGGUGGCCUAAGUGUAUGGGCGAUCUCUCCAGAGGAGAGGGUCAAACAUGAUCAGAAGUUUGACACCCUCUCCCCAUCAAUGGGCUAUGUCUCAGGGGAGCAGGCAAGGAAGUUUUUACUCCAAUCAGGGCUUCCUGCUUCAGUUUUGGCUGAGAUAUGGGCUCUGGCUGACAUGAAUAAAGAUGGGAAGAUGGACAGGUUGGAGUUUUCCAUCGCUAUGAAGCUCAUAAAGCUUAAACUCCAGGGUACACCGCCUCCAUCAGCACUGCCAAUCAUCAUGAAGCAGCCUCCAGUACCUGCUCCCAGCCUCAAUAAACCCACCUCGUUAUUGACCAACCCAGCCUAUGGUAUGGCUACUGUGCCUAACAUGUCCAUGAUGACCGGGACAAACCUUGCGAUGUUGACCCCUAUCUCCAUGGCAACCCCUGGACUCUCACCUCUGACACCAAUGACGGGCUACUCCCCUUUGGUUCCUACAGCAACAGGCCUAAGCCCUCUAAUAGGCUCCACCCCCUCCAGGCCCCUGAUGCCCACCAUGGGAAGCGCCACCUUGCCUAAUGGCACAAUUGGAAUUCUCGACCCAUACGCAGCUGGAGCUUUGGCCACUGGCCUACCUCGCUCUGCAUCCCCCUACUCCUCUCCACUCGGAUUCUCCUCUUCUGGUAUGAACAAGGCCUCAUCCCUGCUGGACCUAAGAUCUAUCAGCUCCGCUUCCUCUUCCCCCUCUGUGAUGUCCCCCAUGGCCAGCGUUCCCAGCGACUGGGCUGUGCCACAUGCCGCCAGACUCAAAUACAGACAGCAGUUCAACAGCUUGGAUAAACACAUGUCAGGAUACCUUAGUGGUCAGCAGGUGAGAGGUGCCAUGGCGACCACAAUGCUGACUCAGACACAGCUGGCUUCCAUCUGGACUUUAGCUGAUGUGGAUAAGGACGGGAAACUAAAAGCUGAGGAGUUUAUACUGGCAAUGCAUCUUGUGGACGUGGCAAAGACUGGACAACCACUGCCGCUAACUCUGCCAACUGAACUGGUACCACCCUCGCAAAGGGGUGCAGUGAAUGGAUCCAGCUCUUCUCUCUAUGCUGCUCUGACUGAUGACUUGGACAUAGAACCUCCACAGAAAACCAGACCCAACAUGUCGUUCGAGGAUAAAUUCAAAGCCAACCUGGUGCAAGGGAACGCAGAACUGGAGAAAAGACGACUGGCGCUGCAGGAUGCUGAGAGGAGGGAGAGGGAGCGGCGCGCUCAGAAGGAGAGAGAGGAGCGUGAAAAGAGAGAGAGGGAGGCUCGGGAGGUCGAGGAGAGGAGGAGGAGGGAGGAGGAGAGGAGGCUGGAGCGACAGAAAGAGCUAGAGAGGCAGAAAGAAGAAGAGCGACUGAGAGAGAUUGAAAGAAAAGAGGCUGCACAGCGGGAGCUCGAGCGUCAGAGGAAGGAGGAGUGGGAGAGGAGGCAGCGAGGGGAGCUCCAGAUAAAGAAGGAACAGGAGCAAAAUGACAUCAUCAGAUUGAAAGCUAAGAAGAGGAGUCUUGAGAUGGAGCUGGAGGCUGUGGGUAACAAGCACCGUCAGAUCUCAGACCGACUGCGUGACUUUCAGAACAAGAAGAAGCAUCAGAAGACGGAGCUGGAUGUGACCAAUCAGAGGAAAGAGACUCGCCAGCAGGACAUUAACAACCUGCAGAAACAGCUAGAGGAGUUCCAGAUGAAGUUGUUCCAGCUGACACCGGAGCAGAAGAGACUCACUGAGAAACUCAGAAACAUGUCUGUAAAUAACUUGCCUGUGGCGACCAUGUCGACCCUGAAGGUGGGCGUCACAGAGAAAAAAGGGAAAUGUCUGAAACUACGAGAGCAGCUGGAAGGCCUUGAGAAAGAUACCGCUGCCAAACUGUCUGAGAUGGACAAGUACAACAAAGAUAUGCAGGAAAUGAGAGAGAGCCAGCGAAAACAGCAGGCAGCUCUUGAGAAACUACGGAGCAUCAAAGAGGACAAACAGCGUGAGCUGAGUCGAAUGAAGGAGGAGGAAGAGCAGAGGAAGAGGAGAGAAGAGAAAAAAAACAAGAGGAGGAGGAAGCUUAUUAAGAUAGAAAAAGAGCGCCAGUGGCAGGAGAAGCUGAGGAAGGAUGAAGAGGAGCGUCAGAGGAGGCUUAAGGAGGAGAAAGAGGCCAUACAGAGGGAGGAGGAGGAGAGAGAGAGACAGGCUAUCAUCCUGGCUGCCAAGGAGCAGGUUGAACGAGAGCUCAGAGCAAAGGAGGAGGCAGAGCGAAAGAGAAGAGAGAUGGAGGAGAGGAAGAAAAGAGAAGAGGAGGAGCGACAGAAGCAAGUGGAGAGAAGGAAGCAGGAUGAGGAGAGGAGGCAGCUGGAGGAGGAGAGGAGGCAGCUGGAGGAGGAGAGGAGGAAACUUGAGGAAGAGAGGAGAAAAGAGGAGAAGAGACGGAAAGAUGAAGAGGAGCGCCGCAAGAGGGAGGAAGAGAGGAAGAGGUUAGAGGAGGAGCGGAGAGAGGAGGAACGCAUAAGAGAAAAGGAAGAGGAGGAGAGGAGGAGACAGAGGGCAGCCGUGGCCGCCGUCCGAGAUGCAGAGGAGAGGAGAAAGCAAGAGGAGGACAGAAAGAAGAGGGAGGAAGAGGAGAGGAGAAAGAGGGAUGAGGACAGGAGGAAGCUACAGCAGCAGCAGGACGAGGAUAGGAAGAAGCGUGAGGAGGAAAGAAAGAGGGUGGAGGAGGAGAGGAAGAGAAAAGAGGAGGAAGAGGAGAGGAGGAAAGCAGAGGAGGCGAGAAAUAGAAAGGAGGAGGCAGCUCGUCAGCAGCAGCCGCCGAGUGGAGGAGGGAAGGUGGAUAUUCUGACAGCUCUGCUGAAAGGACUGGAGGAGAGGAAAGGUGGGCAACCAAGGGCCCGACACCACAGGAAGUCGGCCGCCCUCACAUCCUUCAAAGCUCUCUACCCGUUCACGGCCCGAAACAACGAAGAGCUCAACUUCAGUGCGGAUGAUAUCAUCGAGGUUGAUGAGUCGACCGAGCGGGAGGAAGGUUGGCUGUACGGCAGCCGGCAGGGGAAGAUGGGCUGGUUCCCAGAGAGCUACGUCGAGAAAGUGACCCCAUCAGACACGGCUAAUAAUACUGCUGCUGCUGCUGCUGCUGCUCCUAAAGUGCCGAUCCAUUCUCAGCUCUCUAAUGCACUCGAGGGUGUCAAGGCAGCAGGCACAAAGUCGGCCUUCACGCCAACACACUCUCCAAACCCUGCACCCUCUGAGACACAAGGACAGCAGGUGGUGGGUAACCUGUUGGCCCAGGCCCUGUGUUCGUGGACAGCAAAGACAGACAACCAUCUGAACUUCAAUAAGGACGAUGUCAUUCAGGUGUUGGAGAAGCAGGAGAAUUGGUGGCUGGGAGAGCUGAACAGUGAAAAAGGCUGGUUCCCCAAAACAUAUGUGACACUGCUGGGAGAAGAGGAGAGUUCAGACAUGAAGAGCUCCCCAUCUGAUGCUUCGGAGUCUAGCGACAGCCUUCAGCUUGAAGAAUACACGGCGUUGUACACCUAUGAGUCUCCGGAGCCUGGAGAUCUGACGUUUAGAGAGGGAGAUGUGAUCUUGGUGAGCAAGAGAGAUGGAGAGUGGUGGCACGGCUCUAUAGGCAACAGCAUAGGCGUCUUCCCCAGCAACUACGUCAAACCUAAGGAGACAGAUACUUCAAGUUUAUCUGCAAAGAAGAAGCCAGAGAUCGCACAGGUGAUUAGACCCCACCCCUCUACCAGACCUGAACAGCUGAAUCUGGAAAAAUCCCAGCUCAUCGUCAUCCUCAGCAAGAACGCCUCUGGCUGGUGGCUCGGAGAACUGCAGGCUCGUGGUAAAAAGCGCCAGAAGGGCUGGUUUCCUGCCUCUCAUGUUAAAAUACUAGGAUCCAACAGCGGCAAGUCAACACCAGCACCCCAACCAGUCUGUCAGGUGAUAGCCAUAUACGACUACACAGCCGCCAACGGGGACGAGAUGAGCUUCUCCAAAGGUCAGCUGAUCAACGUUUUUGACAAGAGCAACCAGGAUUGGUGGAAAGGAGAGAUCAACGGGGUAACCGGUCUCUUCCCCACUAAUUACGUUCAGAUGACCACAGCGGAGUGUGACCCCAGCCAGCAGUGGUGUGCAGACCUAAACAGCCUGGACUCAUUGAGUACCCAGGAGAAGAGGAGACAAGGUUACAUCCAUGAGCUGAUCGAGACUGAGGAGAGAUACAUGGAAGACUUGCAGAUUGUGCUGGAGGUUUUCCAGAAGCCUAUGUCAGAGUCGGGUCGGCUGAAUGAUGCAGAGAUGAACAUGAUCUUCGUCAACUGGAAAGAACUUCUGACCUGCAACUCUAAAUUUCUCAAGGCACUACGUGCACGUAAGAAGAUGGGUGGGGAUAACAUGCCGGUGCAGAUGAUCGGAGAUAUCCUGGCGGUGGAGCUGUCCCAAAUGCAGCCCUACAUCCGCUUCUGUUCCUGCCAGAUCAACGGAGCAACGCUGCUUCAGACGCGCAUCGACAGCGAGCCAAACUUUAAAGAAUUCCUCAAGAAAAUAGCCACGAACUACCGGUGUAAAGGCAUGCCGCUGUCCAGCUUCCUGCUGAAACCCAUGCAGAGGAUCACACGCUACCCACUGCACAUCAAAAACAUCCUGGAGAGCACAGCAGAGGGCCAUGCUGACCGAGGCCAUCUUAAAGAGGCUCUGGAGAAGGCUGAAGAACUCUGUCAACAGGUAAACGAGGGCGUGAGAGAGAAGGAGAACUCUGACAGACUGGAAUGGAUUCAGAACCACGUUCAGUGUGACGGCACUACAGAGCACCUGGUCUUUAACUCUCUUACCAACUGUUUGGGCCCCAGGAAACUUCUACACAGCGGCAAGAUGAACAAGGUUAAGAGCAACAAGGAGCUCUGGGCUUUCCUCUUCAACGACUUUCUGCUUUUGACUCAUGCGGCUAAACAAUUCACCUCGUCCGGGCCUGAUAAACUGUUCAGCAACAAGAACAAUGUACAGCUCAAGAUUUACAAGCCGCCUGUGCUCCUUAAUGAAGUUCUGGUGAAGCUGCCGGAUCCUUCUAGCGACGAGCCCACCUUCCACAUCUCACACAUUGAUAGAGUCUACAUACUCAGGACGGACAACAUCAACGAACGGACGGCUUGGGUUCAGAAGAUCAAGGCUGCAUCUGAAGAAUUUAUUGAAACAGAAAAGAAAAAAAGGGAAAAGGCCUAUCAAGCCCGAUCUGUGAAGACUAGUGGAAUCGGCAGACUUCUCGUCACCAUCUUGGAGGCCACUGAACUCAAGGCGGCCAAACCCAACGGUAAAAGUAACCCUUACUGUGAAGUGACCAUGGGAGCUCAGAUAUUCACGUCCAGAACGCUCAACGACACUCUGAACCCCAAGUGGAACUUCAACUGUCAGUUCAACAUCAAAGACCUUUACCAGGACGUCCUCUGCAUCACCAUCCUUGAAAAGGACCAGUUUGCACCUGAUGAAUUUCUGGGUCGGACAGAGGUUCCUGUGGCAACAAUAAAGAAAGAGUUGGAAAACAAGGGACCAGUAACACGUCGUCUUCUGCUGCACGAGGUUCCUACAGGGGAAGUGUGGGUCCGCCUCGACCUGCAGCUCUUUGCCAACAAAUAGACUUAUAGGAUGAACUGAGACAUCCAAAUGAGGAUAUUUUACUCCUACAGAGGAACCAAAUAAGACAGGCGGCUUUUUGUCACCUACACAAACUCGGAUUGUUCCCCUGCACAAACUCAAAUCAAACAACCCCCCUGAACUGAACACAUAUCACGCCUUAAUAUUUGAAUAUUAACCAGCACUAAUAAUACCUCUUCUGAUGUCAUCUGAAUGUUCCAGUAGGUGAUUCGCAUCUGAGUGACAUCAUCUGAAUCCACCAAUAGGAGGCAGGUAGCGCAGCUGUUUACACCUGCACAAUAUGUACUGCAGUCUCUGAAGGAGGUAAAAGGAACAACUUCAGCCCGGCUACUUAAACAGUGGAGACAGAGUGUGUCAUGAGGCUGAAUCUGGGUCGUCUGCUCUAAGAAUUUUUACCCUUCAGAGGGACGCAGACCUGGACAAAGACUGUCUAGAAACGAUAAUAAUCAUAAUAAAUCAAUAAAAUACAAAGGCUUAUAUGUUUUAUCUAGAAUCUUCGUAUCUCAGUUACAACAGUUGGGUUUUCAGUGAUCAGUGAUUGAGACACACGUCUGGUCAACCAAGGCCAUUUAAUGAGUUGGAGUGUUUUCUCUUAACUUACAAGAUAUGUAUUUGUUGACUUCUUGUGACUGGUGGCUUUCAAGAGACUCUGCUUUAUGGCGGCUUGAUCUGUAACAGCUUCUCACAGUGACAUUAAGGGCAAAAAGCAGACAGCAGCAGAAACUGAUGGGCAACCUGGGCAAGAUCUUUUUUUCAGAAGCUCUGGUCUGGAGUCAGUUUACUACUGUAGAAGAGGUAGAAGAGCUCAGGAUAUGGUGUUCUGUGUUGAAUCUGUCUCACUGUAACAAUGUUGUGUGUGUGUGUGUGUGUGUGUGUGUGUGUGUGUGUGUGUGUGUGUGUGUGUGUGUGUGUGUGUGUGUGUGUGUGUGUGUGUUGUGUGUGUGUGGGCGCGCAUGUCUUUGGAGUGUAGAAGUCUAAACAUUUAGUUGAGAUAUAGUUACAUACAGAUAUCUUCGGCUGAGGGCUCUUGAUGCUGCAACUUUUUAGAGUUAACUCAACCUCUGGCCUUAAUGCAAUUCAUCUUUUUAGUCCUUUAAAAUCGAUCAGUUUCUUAAACCAUUAGAAUUAUUUAGGAUGAUGUUGGUCUCUGUAUUCUUUUUUUCUUCUGUGUGCAAAAUCAGCCAAGGCCAAGUAGUUUGAGUGCAAAAUGAUUGAGGUGACAAAAUGACGCAGAUUUAAGGAGCUGUACUGAUGAACACCUUGAACUAAUUUUCCAGCUGAGGCUCUUGCUGCAUUUUCAGUGCGGAUAAUCAAGAGGAUGUCAAUAUUUUGAGGUAAUGCAGAUCGACAGUUUGUCGGCAAUAAUAAACAGUAUUUGCUUUUCACUUCCGGCCUACCAGACAGAUUUUCAAGUUUCAUUCUUCAAUCCCCGCCUCACUGACUAGAAUAUUGUCCAUCUCCAUUGCCUCAAAAAGUUCAAUUCAUAAACAUCCACCAUGAAAGCUUAUCAAGGAAGUAGUAUGUAAAAGCAUUUUUAUUUAUGUUGUCGGUUAACUUGUUACAGUCUUCUGCCUCGUUUUUACUCUUUUGUCCUUUACAUGCAGUUUCUUUUCUAACUCUGAGCAUGUACUGGUACUCUGGAUAUUAAAAAAAGUUGUAUUUAUUUCUUAAUUUAUGCGUGUGUGACUAUCCAAAGGUUUGUAGCGGCUUCGCUUGCUGUGUCUUCUUGGAUAAUCAGUAGGUAUCCACUGGGUUUGUUUUGUGUGACGUCAAAUAUUAAAACUGUGUUCAUUGGACACGUUGAUACUGUUUUGAAAGGCAAUAGAACAUAUUUCUCUGCGAUGGAGUUUUACUGUAAGUAGACUAGGUCACUAGUCAUUUGUUAGGCCUGCUGUUUUGUACACUUAUAUUCUAUUAAUUUGUUUUAUUCAAUCCACAAAUCUCUGUUUUUAUGUCCUGCAUAAACUUUGUUGUUUCGGUUGAAUUUGCGGAUAAUGUGCAAAUACACUGCACUACGAUCCUCUUCUGUUUAGGGUGUUGAAUUCUAUAUUUUGUUCUACUUUUUAUUUUCCGCAGCUUUCUGCAUUGACUGCUGCUGUGCUAACUGAGAUAAAGGCCUCUUUAGAUCGUCUGUCUGAUCAACCUUGAGUCUGUAACCUGCUGUUUGUACUCACUUUGGCCUCCAUGUGGCACUCUCUGAAUCAGGGUUUCUUAAGUCUAAUUAAAAAUAUUAA